AUGAAUUUCACCCUUAAACUGGCUUUACUCUUCACCUUCAGUUGGAUCACUAAGUCAGAUUUUGAGUUUCACUCAUUGGUGGUCCGGCCAGGGGAAGAAGUCACCUUGCAGUGCUCCAACUUUAGCAACGUCCCCGUACACAUAUUCUGGUUCAAACUGAGCGAUGGACCCAACGUCAGCAGCAUCUCAUCUAUGAUACAUUCUGAAUAUGAAGCUGAACCUUGUGAUGGAUAUCCAAGUGAUAAAUUCAGUAUGACAUCAAAUGGUACCAACAUCAUUCUAAGCAUAAAACAAGUGAAUUACUCAGACUUUGGAGUUUAUAUCUGUGGAUUUAGGUCAAACGGAUUCUGGAGAAUCUUCAGUGAAACAUAUUUACAGGUUGAAGAUGGAUUUGAUGGAUUCAACAAGCUGCCAAAUUUGAUUCUGGGAAGUGUAAUUAUUUUCCUUCUUACAGUCAUUAUAGGCUUGGUUUGGAAAAUUACGACGUUUCAUACAGCGCAAACCAACGGACAGAAGCAACAAUACAAUGAGAACUUGGACUCUGAUACUCUGAACUACGCUGCAUUGCAUUUCAGACCCAAAAUAAAUAACAGAAGACCUGCAGAGAGAGAGAUUGAUCCAAAUGUGUUGUAUGCUGCCACAAGAUAA